AAACCCAAACCCAACCCAAACCUAAUUCAAUAAAAAUUAAAAUUUACCCAACUCAAUGCAAAUACCCAACCCAACCCAUCAUCCUCCUUCCAACCCUAAUUUCCUAACCUUAUUAUUUCCCUUUCUCCUCACUCACGCAACAGUGCAGCCACAACCCUCACUUCAGCCCCUCACUCACUCUCAAUCUCAGUUGGACAAUCAAAUUCUCACCUCACCUUUGACCUUCCCCUCCCCUUCUUGCUUCUACAAUUUCUCCUCACUCACUCUCACGAUCUCACCUUCAAUUUUCCCUGUUUGUUGAUUUAAUUAUUUAUGUUAAAUUAAUUUUUAUUUAUGUU